AUGGAGCCGAGCAAAAGGAAGCGCACAGCACCAAGGCGAAUUCCGACGCCAAAAGCGAAGCCACCGGCAGGGGAGUACAUCCCCGCAAGGAGGACACGAGCGCCCAUCGCUCCCGGAGAUAGGGAGCCUAAGCCACCGUCCACCAGGACACUGGCCACCAUAGCCGCUCUGCAGCCUGGACCGGCCCCACCACCGCCGUCUCUCCCGUGCCUCAUGGUACCCGAGGCACCGGAACCAGCACGACCGCCCACCGCUGCGCCAAUCAUCAGGGCACCAGAUGCGCCCGGCCGAAGACCUACGGUGGAGGUCACGUUGCCGGACGGAAGCGUCCAUCAACUGCCCCUGGGCCUCCGACGCCACCGCAAGAUGUCCAAUGGGCGCCGUUGGACUAUCUUAAUGGACCCGACCGGAAAAAUACUCGAAUUCCGGCAGGCACCCGAGAAACCGAAGACUGCGGAGGCAACGGCGCCUCCACCGGCAACUCCGCCGCCCGCGACACCACCGGCGGACCAGGGCCCCAGCUCGUCGGGGAGUAAUUAA